AUGACACCUAAUCCAGAUGAUAUUUUCACCAUUGAUACCAAACUUAAAUUUAUGUUUUGGACCAUGAGUACUGCGUUACUCAGUAUCUUUUCUGAAUGCGCUGAGGACGGAAAUGACGAAAAGACAAUGUAUUACAAAAGUUCAUCAAUAUCAAUUACAGGAUAUAUGAAAAUCGCAGGAAGAGCAUCAGUUGUUCAAAUAUCAGAUAAUCUGUUCUUGUUUAGUGGUAGUAAUUGGUUGGAAAGGGAUAAAAAUGGUGGUAGAGCAGCACUUAACCGUUCACAGAUGUCAAUAGUUACUAAUUAUAACGAGUUCUUUGAGGAUAUUAAAGACUAUCCAUUUGAUAGGAACUGGAUUGCAAGCAUAUGCGAAUAUUGUGGUGAUGGAAUAGAUGAUAACAUUGAGGCAAUAAAGAGAGAAAAUCCAUUGCUUAAUGAUGAAGAUAUUGAAUAUGGUAAAGUUAUUAAUGAAAAAACAGAAAUAUAUCACGCUCACCAAGUAAGGGAAAUAAUGGGUGGUCAGUUUCUUGCAUGGUUGGCUAUAAGCCAAGAUACCCAUUGGUGGCGGUUCCAUCUUCCAUUCUAUUUCGAUGAUAAAGUAAAAGAACAAUUUACUAAAACCCUUCGCUCAUAUCUAGAAGCUAAACAAAUUGAAGAGCUUGGUGAAGAGUCAGAUGUUGUUGAUGAUGAUGACUUACUACUAAGAUUCCCAGUGACUGGAUCCUCUCACUCACUAAUUAAUAAUGGUGAUCAAUUUUCAAAUACAGAGAAAAAUGGGCUUCCAAGAUCAAGAAUUGAAUAUCCUGAAAUAUCAACAGGUGGCCAAACUAGUGUUUGGUUUGGACUUGGUAGGAAUACUUCACCAUUUUUAUACAAUACUUUACAAUAUAGUUAA